AUGCCGUCAGAGCGGGGCGUCUGGGCCGGGCUGAGCGGCCUGCAGAAGGUGGCGGUGCUGCUGGGCCUCCCCGCCGGGGCCACCGUUCUCUACAUCGUGUACCGGCGAUACCGGGAGGGCCGAGAGCUGCACGUACCCGCCGUUGGAGCGGAGGAGCUGCGGGCGGAGCUGCGCGUCCCGCGGGCGGCGGUGAGAGCCAUCAUCGGCCGGAAGGGAAGCACCAUCCGAAGGCUGCAGCAGGAGACGGGGGCCCGCAUGGAGCUGGAGAGGGAAGGUGACAGUGAGGAGAGGCUGCUGCUGAUCUGGGGUUCCCCCAACCAAGUGUGCAGAGCCAAAGCUGCCGCGCACCAGAUUGUGGUGGAGAGCACGCCGGUGUUGGAGCAGCUCCACGUGCCGCAGAAAGCUGUCGGGAGGAUCAUCGGCCACGGCGGUGAGACGGUGCGCAGCAUCUGCCGCAGCUCCGGAGCCCAAGUGCAGUGCCAGCACCAGGCCGAGGCCAUGCUGGCUCCGACACGGCUCAUCCAGAUCUCGGGGACGCAGCAGGAGGUGGAUGCAGCCAAGAAACUCAUCAUGGAGAAGCUGGUGGAGGACACAGUGUUUCGCCAGGAGCUGGCUCAGACCAUGGUGCUGCGGAGCCACCGCAAGGAGCUCCUGGGCAGCCGCAGGGAAGCGUUGCUGCAGCCCAGCGAGGAGCACGGUGCUGGGAAUGGGGGCUCUCUGCCAGGGGGGGCGGCCGUGGAGUUACUGUGGGAUAGGAGUGAGGCAGCGGAAAAGCUGGCAGCGGUGCCAAAAUUUGAAGUCCCCAGCCCCGAUUUUAGCUUCCACGCAGAUGAGCACCUGGAGGUCUACGUCUCAGCCGCCGAAAACCCCAACCAUUUCUGGAUCCAGAUCAUUGGCGAGCGCAGCCUGCAGCUGGACAAGCUGAUUUCUGAGAUGACGCAGCACUAUGAGGGCAGCAACUGCGUGGCAGAGCUGGCAGCCGUGCAGGCAGGGGACAUCGUGGCUGCUCCGUAUGCAGACAGCAGCAAUUGGUACCGGGCCCAGGUGCUGGGCAUGCUGGAGAACGGCAACUUGGACCUCUACUAUGUGGAUUUUGGGGACAACGGGGAGGUGCCCCGCAAGGCUCUGCGAGUGCUGCGGAGCGAUUUCCUGAGCCUGCCGUUCCAGGCCAUCGAGUGCAGCCUGGCUGGGAUCGUGCCUGUGGAGGAGCAGUGGGAUGAGGCAGCGCUGGAUGCUUUUGAGCGCCUCACCUGCUGCGCCCAAUGGAAGCCACUGGUGGCCAAAAUCUCCAGCUACACCCAGGCCGGGCUGUGCACAUGGCCACGCAUCAUGCUGUUUGACGUCCGUCAUGGCGAGAGCCUUGACAUCGGGGCCGAGCUGGUGCGGCUGGGCCAUGCUGCCCUGCAGCCCCACGAGAAGGAGGAGGCAGGGGGUGGAUUCCCACUGCCAGCGACAGAGGCUGCAGUGGAGACACCGGAGGACAUGGUGUGCACCUCCCUUGAGAGCCUCCUGUCUGAGCUGCCACCGAGCCCCAGCGCCACACCGCUGACCCUCUCCUGCAUCAGCCUGCUGGAUGAGAGCCCCGAGCGGCUCCGGGGCAAUGCAGAGCCCCCAGCCCCGGGGCUGCUGAUUGGCCCUUCCACUUCCUCACAACCUCAGAGGGACGACAGCGAGGCCCAGCCCAGCCCCGGCUCCUGGUGCCCCACAGUCCUCGGGGGCCCUGGAGCCCACCACUCCGUGACCCCUGAAGCGCCACGUCCAAUCACCUGGAGUGGAGCCCUUUCCGCCAGCAGCCACCCAUCCUUCUCCGAUGGGAACUCUGGUUCUGUCUUCUGCACCGACUCCGUGCGCUACACCAACUGUGUCUUCUCCAGUAGUGCCCAGCCUGGGGUCAGCCCCUUCCCUGGCCCCAUUCCCAUCUGCUCUGGAGGUGAGGAGGAGGAGAGCAGAACCCCACAAGGCAGUGACCGGCAGCAGUGACAGCGCAGUGCCAGAGUGGAGCUCCCUGUGAUGCUCUGACCUCGAGCUGUUUCUACCCUUGCUGGCCGCAGUGUUGGAUGCGCUUCGAGAAGCUAAGUGCCUGCCUCGUGUCACAGCACUCCCUGCAUUGACAGUGCUGGUUUCACCACCGCUUUCAUCUGCACACCAACUUUGGUUUCCAGCUGCCCUCUGUAACCACCGGACGAGACAAAGCCGGCCCCGGUGUCCCCAGAUCUCACCGGGAAUGCCUCAGCCCCUCUCUGGAGGCCAUGUGGGCACUGCUGUGUUCACAGGGCCCCUUCGUGCCUCGUUUCUGAUGUGUCCCGUUGGGUCGGUGAUGCUGUGGUCACCGUGGGGGUGCCUUUCACAUUGUUGUCUCCACAUCGUUGUGGGUCGGUUCUUGUUUUCACCCUGCUGAGGGGAAGAGCUGUUUGGUUUCCUAGUUGAAUAAAGUCCA